AUGUUAUUUGAACAUCCUAUUAGUAUAUAUAGAUAAUAAUAAGGACUACUCACAGCUAAUAUUGAACUUUCUAGAGGGUGUGAGUUUAUUUUGAAGAAAUAAAUAAACUUUUAGAUACAGAUAAGAAGAACUGCAGGAGAGUAAUGUAUUCACUACCCUAAGUUCUUAUAAUCAAUUGGUUGA